AUGGGAGGAAUUAAAGCUUCUUUUCAUGAUGAGACUGAAGACAAAUGUUUCAUGGCGGCAAAAUUGUAUGACAUCAUGAAAUGCAGAGCUUACCAUGCAUAUUUCACGUUCUUAGAUGUUCAUCUACGACAAGUUACUAAAGUAAAUUGCCUUUUUCAAAGUGAUAAUGUCGAUCCAACGAAACUGUUAGAAGACUUGUUUUUGCUAUUCAAAAAUAUCCUGCAAAUUAUUGUCAUACCUCGGAAGCUUGAAAUUGUUACGGAUGGAGAAUAUGCAUCAUUUGGUUUUCAGGAGCAUUUGAUGCAUGUAUCAGCAAUGCAUUUUGGCUACACGGUUGAAGAGGCGCUAUCGAAACUAGACAGACGUGACAAAGAAGACACUUGGAAAGAUUCAAAAAAGGGUGCGCGUAUCGAGAACGCGGCGGCAGCUCGUGGACGCAGCACAACGGGCAAUGUAGCAACAGUCCCGACUGUGUCUGAAAUGGGCACAAAAGUUUUAAACAUAAUUGGGUAUAAAUCCUCCACUGGUAUUGGGCCUGAAGAGUCUUCAAUAAGUCAGGCAAAUGUGUGUUCUUAUUUAGUUCUGAAAUUGUGCUUUGUGUAA